ACUGCUAAUCUAAACAAAGAUGGCGGCCUGUGUAAUUCGUCGAACCUUGCUGUCCACUGUUAGUAAAUAUAAUAGGAAACACGCCAUCCGUGUACUAAAUGUCAAUUUAAACAGUAGACAAAAUCCGAAUAGGACACGUUUAUCAUGUAGCCUGUUCAACGUCCAACAGAAACGGUUUAUGUCGUCAAGGCCAGAGGGGAAGGUUCUGGAGACAGUAGGAGUGUUUGAAGCUCCCAAACAGCAGGGGAAAUAUGAAACAGGACAGUUAUUCUUGCACAGUGUGUUUGGCUACAGAGGGAUCGUGCUCUUCCCCUGGCACGCCCGCCUCUACGACCGUGACGUCACUCCUACUGCGACGGAGAGUAAGCCUACAGAACCCCCUGGGGCGCACAGGUCCAAAGAGGUGAAGGGGAAAACUCACACAUACUAUCAGGUUCUGAUAGACACCAGGGACUGUCCCCACAUUUCUCAGAGAUCACAGACUGAGGCGGUGACGUUUCUGGCCAAUCACGAUGACAGCAGGGCACUUUAUGCCAUUCCAGGGCUGGACUAUGUGAGUCAUGAAGAUAUCUUGCCCUACAACUCCACAGACCAGGUCCCCAUUCAACAUGAGCUGUUUGAGCGUUUCCUCCAGUUCAAUGCCUCCAAAGUUCCCCCGUUUGUCCCGCGGGACACGCUGCAGGCGUGGCAGGAAAAGAACCACCCGUGGCUGGAGCUGUCGGACGUGCACCGUGAGACCACUGAGAACAUCCGCGUCACCGUUAUCCCCUUCUACAUGGGCAUGAGGGAAGCCCAGAAUUCCCACGUAUAUUGGUGGCGGUACUGUAUCCGUCUGGAGAACAUGGGGGAGGAGGUGGUGCAACUAAGGGAGAGACACUGGAGGAUCUUCAGCCUCUCAGGCACCCUGGAAACGGUCCGGGGCAGAGGAGUGGUGGGACGGGAGCCAGUGUUGUCCAAAGAGCAGCCUGCCUUCCAGUACAGCAGUCACGUCUCACUGCAGGCACCCAGCGGGCACAUGUGGGGUUCCUAUCGGCUCGAGAGGCCCAACGGCACCUUCUUCGACGUCCGCAUUCCGCCCUUUUCCCUCGAAAGCAAGAAAGACGAUACACCCAACGGCUUCCUGCCCGGCCCUUUCACCUCACUGGCCUGAGUCGAUCCAUGCCAUCCUCCAAAGUGCCCCCCCUCCAAAGUACACCCACACACUCAUAUCACCCUCUUCAAACCCUGCCUAAAGCCUGCCCCUGUCCUGUUCACCACUCAUUCUCCUCUUCACAUAGGCUGUACCACCUAAUCAUCAACUGUAGCCCCUUCUGCCAAUACAAAGGCACUAGGAUCUUGGAUCGAUGUCAAUACUAAGUCAAUGGGAAGUGUGAAUGUGACUCUACGCCAAACCUUGCAGAGAGCCCUGUAGAGCUAAGCAUGGUGCACAUGACCGGCGACAACCUUGUCUGCACUACAUGUACAGUACCACUAGUAGGAUUAUGUGUGGCACUUCAAUAACGACCUUUGCUCUGGUAGCACAUGGCGGUGUUGUGUCAAGACAGGUGCUGUCUGUGGUUCUCUUCUAAUGAAAAGUAGUCUACCCAACAUUUAGUCAGCCGGCUAGACGAGUCAAUACUCUUAAAUUGCUUCCUUUUCUCCUCUCCAGUCUCCUGCCCUUCAGUACAACUCCUAUGGGUUAAAGGGCUGGAAAGGUUUCUGCCAUCUUGUUUUUCACCAGUCAUAUCAUGCAGGGCAGGCUCAGCAGUGGAUGAGGAAAGGAAACUAUCACAGACUAUUCUGACCUUUUCAUCUAUUCCAGACUGAUAAGACAUUUAAGACUUUUAGACUCUUGAGACCGUUAGGCCUAAUACUGUUAGACUAUUUGUGACUAGGCCAGUGCAUGUUUGACUGUGAAAAGGACAAACCGAGUAGAAGCUCAGGCUGAGAGGAACACACACAUGGUAGGAUAUGGUAUUCAGUAUCCUACUGAGAGACUAUCGUUCUGUUGUUUUUUUUUGGAUCAUCUAACAUGUUUCCCCAGACAUUUUAAGCCCAUUUCUUGCUAAACCAUAGUGAAGCGAUAAGUAUAACUUGUUGUGAAUUUAACACUAUCUGUUACGUUUUAUGUCGGUCAACCACAUACUGUAUGUGUGUACACAAAUGAAGAAGAGCAGUUGACUGAGUGUUUGACAUGAGGGACAUGAGUAUAGUGUUUUUUUGUGUGUUUUAUUUGAACCACAUAGCACCUAUUAUAAUAUACUGUAGAUAGACUGUUGCUUAACAUGAGUUUAGAGCACUUCCUAACCAACGCUCAUAGUAGACCUACUCCCAAAAAGAACCGAGGGCCUUGAUUCCUACCCGCUAUCAGUGCUGUACUUAUCAGGACAUAUUGUACCUCAACCCUCUAACACAGAGGCAGCAAAGCUGUGGCGUAGUACACGACUUAGUUAUAAUCAUGCUGCUUUAUUUAUCACACAAGUUGUUAAAGGGGAAGGUCAGUAUUUUACAACGUAAUGUUAAAUGGUUCCUCACCCUGAAAGUAUGUGCUGCAUGCCCCUAUCACUCCCAUCGUUUUGUUUAGCUAGCAGUGGCUAAAGCUAGCUGAAGUUUGUGUUGGCUGUUUAAAGAAAACUGAACCAGGGAUUAUAGUUUAUCCUGGGCCAGAGACUACUUUCAAGGUCUAACAUUAAGUUGUAAAAUAUUGUACAUUCCCUUUAAAGAUGGAAUCCGCAUUAGGGGUAACAGCCCACUGUCUGCCCAAGCACCUUUUGUUAUUGUUUUUGUUUUGUGGACGAAACGGAGGUGAGGUGCGUCGAGCAGUGUGGUAAAAAAGAAAUUGGUACAUAUUCUGCUGUUCUAUCGUGCGUGCAAUGAUGUCCGAGGGAAUAAACAGUUUGUUUGUUUGCAGUAACUUUUUUGGGGUGUAAUAUCCGAACGGACGUGGCAGUUUCACCAUUAAGAAUUCCGGCUUUAAGUUGUUCUGCUAUGAUAUGAUCACAGCUGAUUCACUGCUGAUCAAAUAGCCAAUAAACAAUCAUAGACGCGCAAUUACUAGAUUGUUCAAUCAAUGGCAGACAUUUGAAGUUGUCAAUGUAGGACUGAAGUGUUACUGUAUAUCUAGUAAUUUCAUGGUGAUUUUUAAGUAUUCAUGCUCGUAUUUUUGGCACAUUCCUGUAUCUCCAGGAAAGGCAAGGCACUGCCACACAGUGACCUCAACCGAGGUCGGGCCUGUAUAUUUGUUAAUGUUAAUUUAUACUUUAUUAUGAAUAUUGGAUAUAUAAUAUAUUAUACAUAAUUACUUUAUGUGAAGGAAUCAAUCUUUUAUAGAAUUAAUGUCGCUGAAAUGACACUGAGGCUUUUUGUUAGUCCCUGCAUGUUUUACAUUUGAAUGGAAAUGUACAAUUUGUUAAUGUGAAUGUAACUGGUUAAAUGGAUCAGUGUAUGGAUUUGUGUACUUCAGUUUGGGAAUCCUAAAUAAACACUUCUGUUAAUCACUG